AGUUCCUGUGGACUAUUAAUUCCAACUAUUGAACUUGCAUUUAAUCUUUUUUUUUUUUUCUACACAAAUCGUAGGCUUUGAGUUUUGAAUUUGAUCAUGGCAAUGAACCCUUUUCUGGCCAAUGUACUAGCUAAUGCCACUGGUAAUCUAGUAUCUAAUUGUGUGGAAGGAGUAGCGAAUUAUGUUGGAGAACAUAUUGGUUUGUUAAACGGAUUAGAAUCGGAGGAUAAUUUUGAAUCAAUAUUGAAAGAAGAAGCAGAGAGGCUACGGGCUUUAAGAGAUGAUAAUGAGCGGGAAAUCCGGCAGAAUAAAACCAAAACUACCUCUAGCUGUUACAACCAGUGGCUUGGUAGUGUGACCAAAAUUCUCCUAGAGCUGGAAACAUUACAAGCUGAAUGUGAACAACAAAGGAAUGUAUUGAUAAAGUGUGCCAUUGGAUCAAAGUUUUGGGAAAAAGUGAGAAAUAUUUUGCAAAGAGUCCAAAAGCUUAUGGAAGAGGGGAAAUUUCCUAGAGGUUUUUUGAUUGAUAGACCUCCAGAACCUGUAAUAAAGCUGGGAUCAGUACCGGACAUCAAAGCAACUGCCACACUCCAAGGACAUUUGGAGGAGAUACUACUGUUGCUCAGUUGUGAAGAAGUGAAGACUAUUGUGAUUUGGGGGCCAUUGGGUGUCGGGAAGACCACAAUAAUGCAAAACUUGAAUAAUCAUGAAAAGCUUGCAAAAAUGUUUCAAAUGGUAGUUUGGAUAACGGUAUCAGAGGAGAGGACUAUAGAGAAGCUGCAGAUAGAGAUGGCAAGUCAGCUUAAAUUGAAUUUGCAAGGCACUGAAACUACCCGUGAAGUUGCUAGAAGCAUAUCAGAACAGUUGAAAGAUAGAAAAUACUUGCUCCUCCUAGAUGAUGUCAAGGGUGUCAUUGAUCAUGAUCAGCUGAAUAGUAUUGGAGUGCCGGAUAACAAAAAUGGUAGCAAAGUGGUAUUAACAACUGAAGAUCGUAGAGUUUGCUCUAAGAUGGAAUUAGUCAGGGACAUAGAGGUUGAAAAAUUAACUCAACAUGAGGCUUGGGAGAUGUUUAAACAAAUAGUAACUGAUCAAAAAAUUAAAAUUCCUGGCAUUAAAUCAGUUGCUCAGCGGGUUGCCAAGGAGUGUGGUGGACUCCCCCUUGUGAUAAAGACAGUGGCCAGUUACUUUAAAUUUAAAGACAGUGCUGCUGAAUGGAGGAAUGGCCUGGAAGAGCUCAGAAAUGGUUCUGAAGUUGAGAUCCCACAUUUAACACAAAUACAUGCAUUCUUGAAGUGUUGUUAUGAUGACUUGAAAGAUGAGAACAAAAAGAGAUGCUUCCUUUAUGGUGCACUACAUCCGGCAGACACAAACAUAUCCACAGAUUAUUUGGUGAUGUGCUGGGCAGCUGAAAGGUUCCUUGGCAAUGUUGAUGACAGGAGGAGUUUUCGCACUGCAUGUGAUAAAGGGUAUGUCAUAUUACGGUAUCUAACAAAUGUCUCCCUAUUGCAGACAGGUAAAAGGAUGGAACAUGUCCAAGUGAACAACGUUGUGCGACAAGUUGCACUACAUAUUUCCUCAGAAGACCAUCACUAUAAAUUUCUAGUUGGAGAUCAAACUGAAACUUCACCUGCUUCUCAAAAGGCAAGUGACUGGGAACAAGCAACAAGGAUCUUUAUGAUUGAUGCAAAAUUGAAGGACUUACCAAAUUUCCCAAGAUGCAGCAUGUUGUUGUCACUACUUCUACAAAGGAAUACUGACUUGAAAGCACUUCCUCGAUCUUUUUUUGAAAAUAUGCAAAAGCUUCAAGUUCUAAACUUGUGCAGAACUGGAAUAAUGUCCCUGCCGCACUCUUUUGCAAAUUUGUCUGAACUUAAGGCACUUUUUUUAAAUGAUUGUAUUGGUAUGACAUGCUUGCCUUCCCAAAUCAAACAACUUUGUUGUCUUGAGGUGCUUGAUAUUCGAGGCUGCAAGGUAAACUUCAUACCACCUUCUAUUGGAAAUUUGGUUCAACUAAGGUGUUUGCGGGUUUCAUACUAUAAACCAGCCACACGAAAUGGCUAUGGAAUGGAGAUACUACAUUACAGUGUGAUUUCAGAGCUUGUCAAAUUGGAGGAACUGGUGAUUGAUGUGAUCUCUUAUGACCAAUGGUGCAUUGAGGCUACUAAUAAGCCCUUUGGACUUUGAUGGAAAGAAGGUCGGAUUGGCAGGAUCGCCAGAAGUUAUCAAAAUUUUGGUCAUUUAUUGGUUGCCAAAACAGUAGUUCUCUCGAAAUUCUUGACUAUUUCAGCUAUCCAAUAGAUAGAUAUUUGAGAUACGACUAUGACGGACAUCAUAUUGGCUUCACCAUUUCUAAUAUGUUUCCUGAGACAGAUGCAUUGGAAUUGACUGGCCACAACAACAUUUCAUGCUUCUCAGACUUCAUGCAAGCAUCAUGCCUCAAUGGAGUUGUUGGUUGCCUGGUUGAACGAUGUAGCAACAUGGUAACCAUUAUUGGUGGAAAUAAUGCAGGAGGCACAAACAUCCUUCCAUCUUUGGAACAAUUACAUUUGAGGAAUUUGCUAGAUUUGAAAAGCAUUUUUGAGGGGCCAUUGCCACAAGGAAGUCUAUCAGAAUUGCAAACAAUAGCAGUGAAAGGUUGCCCUUUGUUGACAGAGAUAUCCUCAAAUGGCCUAAUUCAGCAACUGCCAAAACUCACAAAAUUAACAAUUGAGAGCUGUGAUGAAAUUAAACAAUUGAUUCAGGAGUCUAGUGGCAGUGGAGCAAUGCCAAAUCUUGAGCUCUUGGAAUUAGUCGAGAUGAAAAAGUUAGAAACCAUAUGUGCAGAAGAGUCAUUGGUAUGGCCCAAGUUAAAGGAGCUUCGGAUAUACCAGUGUAGAAAGCUGAAAAGACUUCCUUUCAACA